GCAACAUCAUCUCUCUCUGAAAUUAUUGUAAUGUAAUUUCUGCAUCAUUUGGUCAUAGUAGCUCAUUAUGCUGUUGAAUCAUCUAAUGAUGAUCCGUUUUUAGUUAAAUAGCAAGAAUUUACUUGAUUAUUAUUUAGUAUUUCAAAAUUAUUAAAUACAUUUUUUAUGAAUUACAGGGAUGAGAAACGGGCCCACAGCAUCACACAUCCUCCACCAUACUUUGAAACAAGCUCAGUGUUUGUUUUUCAAGUCCAGCUGAAAUAUAUGUGGCCCAGAAAUUUCAACCCAAGUCCCAUCUGACCAAAACGCCUCAUUCCAGAUAAACACAAUUUAUUUUUAGCUAACUCCACACGCUCACGUUCCUGAUGGCUGAACAGGGAAACUGUUUCUUGGCAUUCCUCACAACUUUUUAAACUUGUAAUUAACAUCUAAUAAUGGAUACUCAUUACUUACAAACAGCUGAUGAAUCGGCUCAUUAGUACUUCAAUAAAACUUAAGAAACAUUUAACGCAUUUUAUCCCAUUGUUUUAAUUUUGAAUAUUUUCUAAACCUAUUUUGCAUUCAUUUUGAGACAAAAUAACUUAUUUCUGGCGAAUAAAACGGUAAAAAGCGUCCUAGUCUGGCUGAUCUGACUGAGUUGGUAUACAACGUUCCCAGCUGGCACCCAGGUGGUGCAGGACUUUAAUCAGCUGUCUUGUUUGCUUGUGAUGAUGCAUAACAACAGGAGGUCGGGACGCUGAAUCUACAUAACUUUAAAGAGCUGCUUCAUUUUUUUUUUAAACACAUCAACUUUUGAGACACCAAUAUCUCAAGCUGAUAGAUGAAUGUCUUCAGGCUGUUUUGAAAUAAACAAAGUGAAGGUUUAGGAAAUUCAUGUUUAAAAGUCCUUUGUCCUUUGCACUGCUCUCUGAUACUCUGUGCCUUUAGCAAAUCAGCCCACAUUCGUAUGUCUCCCAGUGGGAGGUCUAAAUGACCACUUUUCCUCUCCAGAUGACGUCUUACUGUACAAUUCUUCACCCAUAUCUGCAGACUGAUUGUGUCUGUGAGCGACUGGCUUCUACUCACUGCCUGAAAAUGUCAGAAACGAGGAGAGGAUUUUAAACAAUGCCAGCAUUUGUAUUCAUAGCAGUCUGCAACGUAUUUCAGGUCUUUUAGUCUGGAGGCUCAAAAGGCUUCAUAAAUGGUUUCCAUUUUAUUCUUUCUUUCAUGGCAGGUUGCCUGGAGUUAGGCAGGACACGAAGAGAAUUUAAAAAGGAGAAUAGAUAUGGCAGAGGUCUGCUCUCUGGCAUAUGACUGAAAACAGAUCUAAAAUGAACAUUAAAGGUAUUAUUGAUUUAACCCUGCAUCAUUUCGAUGAGAUUGUUUUGUAAGAAUGGCCUGAAAUGUGUGGUGGGUAACUGAAAGACUUGGCGCUCAUAGAUAUUUUCAUCUUCAUCUUUGUUGUCUAUCAUCUUUCCUGCUCCAAAUUUUCACCACUUUUUGCUCAGAUGAGUUCACAGAGCUCAACACUUGCAGACACAUCUAAAACUCUGAAUGAAUGAGAUUGCGUAAUCUUUUUUUGAAUGCAUGUGUAAGAUUUUAGUAGAAUUGCUGUUUUUCUGGGGGGGGGUUCAUGUAUAAAAACAAGUAUUUUAUUUAUUGUAUGCAUUUAUAUGACUAAUAUUAAAGUAUUUGGAAUUUAUUAUAAAAAAAAGUUACAUUUAGACUUCCACCGAUGCAUUCCCCCCCUUUAAUUUUCCACAUAUUUCUAACAUUCUUCUCAUCCCUUAAACACCUUCUUUCCUUCCUUCCCUCCAGGAAGACUCCAGGACCCAGUUUUUAUUAUUAUUAUUAUUAUUAUUAUUAUUAUUAUUAUUAUUAUUAUAACAAGCAUCUUCUGGAAACCAUGAGUGCGUGCAGCAGGAAGGCUCUGACUUUACUCAGCAGCGUCUUUGCAAUCAGCGGCCUGGGGCUGCUGGGAGUGGCGGUGAGCACAGAUUACUGGCUCUACCUGGAGGAGGGAGUCAUCAUGCCUCUGAACCAGACGGCUGACAUCAAGACGUCGCUGCACUCAGGUCUCUGGAGGGUCUGCUUUCUGGCUGCUCAUCUUYUGUUUUCUACUUUGCUUUUCUCAGGUGAGGAAUCYGGCCGCUGCUUCACCAUCGAGUACAUGAUGCCAACGAGUCUCCAGCUGACGUCAGAGUCCACAGGAAAUGUACUCAAGAUGAUCCGCACAGCGACUCCAUUCCCUCUGGUCAGCCUCUUCUUCAUGUUCAUYGGUUUUGUCCUCAACAACAUCGGACACGUGCGUCCUCACCGCACCAUCCUGGCRUUUGUCUCAGGAAUCUUCUUCAUCCUUUCUGGACUGGCUCUAGUGGUGGGUCUGGUGUUGUACAUCUCCAGCAUAAAUGAUGAGAUGCUGAACAGAACAAAGAGYAGUGAGGCCUACUUCUCCUACAAGUAUGGCUGGUCUUUCGCCUUUGCUGCCCUCUCCUUCCUGCUCACUGAGAGUGCRGGAGUCAUGUCCGUCUACCUGUUCAUGAAGCGCUACACAGCAGAGGAGAUCUACCAGGCUCGCCGCCCCACUUUCUACCGGCCUCGGCUCAGCAACUGCUCCGACCACUCCGGUCAGUUCCUCCACCCAGAGUCCUGGUCGCGUGGACGAAGCCCCUCUGACAUUUCGAGCGAAGCGUCCCUGCAGAUGAGCGCCAGCUACCCAGCUCUCCUCAAAUGUCCCGACUACGACCAGGUGUUAUCUUCACCUUGUUGAGUCAACAGAGGUCGAUAAAAGGUCACUGAGCAAUCUCUUAAAGAGUCAAGUAGCAAAGUGAAACAAAGAAGUUUCAUUAUAUUGAAAAGAGACCCACCAAAUAAGUGAGUGCUGUUGGUCACAAGACUUGAGUUGAGUUAAUUCCUAUUAGGAAGAAAAGAUUUCUUUGUAAAUAGUCACAGUAYGUUUGCAGCUUAAAUGCUGAAAAGUUUUAAUUUUGUUAGGAUCUUAUWYGACAGACCAGGGUUUUCAAUCCAAARMGCCAUUUUUACCCUYAGUCAUGCUAAAUAAAAUUCAUUUAUAGCCACAAAUGUUACUGAAUACAGUAAAUUAAUUUAAAAAGCMACAAUUUUAUUUCUAUUUUUAAGUUUUACAAAUAGGAAAAACAUAACUUUCCAACUUUAAUGAGGUGUUGACAUUUGUGGAAAAUGAAUUGGGGAAAAAAAAGCACAGUUUCCAACUUAAUGACAAGAAAAAUAAAUCUAAAUAUAUCAUUAGUACAACUUUUAGUUUCAGUUGUGGAAAUUAAUGCUAUUAUUCCAUAAAAGAACCUGCUAAAACCUGCAUUUGUUGUUAUAUGUACAUCUAAAAACAUUAGUUGGUUGAAACAUUAAUUAAAAACUCGAUCUAGUGACCGAUGUUGAGGACAAUUAGAUGAGAAGAAAACCAGAUGACUCUUCUCUCUUGGCUACUCAAACACCAUUGAGAAGCUAAAGUGUCUGAUGACCAUAUUUUUUCCUUCCUCUUCAAAGAAUGACCCUCUUUGGUCCACAAYGCAAAACUCAAUAAAACAUAAUAAAGCUUGAGAUUGUAAGGUGACAAAAUAUGAAAAGGUUUGAGAGUUAAUUCCUUUACAAAGGAUCAUGUACUUUGAUUGUAUUUUAGAAUGCUAUUGUUCAAGGAGUUAGCUUCGGUUAGCUAUGUCUAAAAACAUGUAUCAUGACACCAUAGCAUCCAGUUAGUGCAGAAUAUUAGCAUUUAUUUUACUUUUUUUCCGUUAGGGAAAAUGAUCUUUGUCCUGGAGACAUGCAUAUGUGUUUUUUUUUUGUCCUGAAAUUUGUGUUAAAUUUGAUCGUUCUAGUUUCUGUCACAUCUGUUGAUUUUAUUCGAUUCUGCAAUCAAAUUACAUUCUGUAUCAGAAAAAUGUGUGGUAUAUUAACAGAAAUUACUAGGGUUUUUGUGUGUGGUGUUAUUGGCAAGGUCAAGUAUUCCCCAUUUCAAACAGGAAACAACGAUAUUAUGUUGGCAAACAUUUCAGCCCUGUAUAGAUUAAGCAUUUURAUAAAAGAUGUUGGAAAUCAGAACAAGAAUAGAUGUUAAUUACUGAGUAUCGCCCAUGGUUUAACUAUUUUUGUGAUAAAAAUGUGUAGYACACUAAAUCGCCUAGGUAAUAAAUGAUUUUAGCACAGCAGCAUA